GGGAAAGACACACACAUACUUUGUAAUAAGCUCGAUCUAUAAUAAAUAAUCAAUUACUUGAAAUGUCAUCGCAGGUACCGAGCUGGGUUGUGGAGAUCAGCGAAAGAGUGAAGAAAGUGAAUGUCGAACGACCCUCCAUUGAUACGCCGAGUAAAGCUCUCUUUAGAGUGUCACAGAAUUUUCCCGAUGAAUAUGGCGACAAAUUCAAGCCUUACAAGGUAUCAAUAGGGCCUUAUCAUUGCAACAGUCCUUCUUGCGAGAAGGAAGAGAAAUUUAAGGAAUAUUGUAUCCUCUACGGCCUCAAGAAAACUGGUAAGCCCCCCAAAGAUUUCUACAAUGCUUUGUAUGAAAUUAAGGAUGAUCUGAGAAAUUCCUACGACAAACUGGAACCUGUUUGGGACGACGACAGUGAGUUUCUGAGGUUGAUGUUUAGGGAUGGCUUCUACCUCCUGGUGAUGUUAGAAUCGUCGCAGUUAUUUGUGGGUGAGUCCUAUAUGAAUGUAGGCAAAACAAAGCCUCUGUUUGAUCCCAAUGAAAUGGAAAAUUACAGACAUGAUCUGUUGCUGCUCGAAAACCAGAUUCCCUUGAUGGUUCUGCUGAAGCUACUUUCUGUAGCCGUCGGCAAAUCGGACCAUGGCUAUGUUCAUACCACACUGAUCAUACAGAUACUUAACUUCUGUUUCCAAACAGAAACUUAUGUAAAAGGACACGAAUAUUUGCACAUCUUGGAUGUAUACCGACAUGCCUUUCUCUAUCCAUCCGAUCCGCGAGAGCCAUUGUCCAUAUACAGCGCGCCACCGGAUCUUAACAUCCCAUCAGCAACACAGCUUCAAGAGGCUCGAAUCGCGAUCAAAAUCAGCACAACUCGCUGCGUAAGCAGCAUCUCAUUCCAAGACAGCAUCCUCAGCCUUCCAUUCUUGAAUUUGGACAAUGUCGACAGGUCUGUUUAUUUCAAUGUCCUCUUGUUCGAGCGAUUCCACGAGCAGCCUGAAAUGAAGGAUUUCGCGUCGUACGUUUACUUCAUGAGCAACAUCCUCAAAGGCGCCAAAGAUGUCAGCCAUCUGAGGUCGUGCGGCGUCAUUAGGACAUCGCUUAGCGAUGAUGAAGUGGCGGAGAUGUUUUAUUGGUUGUGUAAGAGCGUUCCAUUCAACCCCGGCGACAAAUUUAAUGCUAAGUUAUGGGAUGUCGGGAGUCGGAUGAAGGACGAGCACGACAAGAAGUCGGAGGCGUGGCGAAAGGAUUUGUAUCAGAAUUAUUUGAGAAGCCCGUGGGCGAUUGUGUCUCUUGUUGCCGCGUUUCUUCUCUUCGUUCUCUCGGUGAUUCAGACAAUCUAUGCAGUGUUGAGUUAUGUUCAUCGCAAAGAUAAGUAAAUUAAUGAUGCGUAUUUUUUCGAUAAUUUAAACUUUUACGUGAAACGGUCAUUCAUAACAUCUUAUACUAACAGUUUAAACUUUUAGAUCGGUGAAAAGGUUGUGGGGUGUGUCUCUUUGUGUUUGGCUUUGAAUUGGAGUUGGAAUUUUAUUUUUUUAAAGUAAUUUUUAUAUUUUGUAAGUGUGUGAAAUAAAAUAAUCGAUCCUUGGAAUUGGAAUUGUAUUUGUUUGUAAAUUGGGUUUUACUGUUUGAAUUAUAAUGAAAUUCGAUUGUAAGUUGAGUUAA